AUGUCCUAUCUUUAUGACUUUAAAAGCUUGAUGUUUUGUCUUUAUUCUUCAGCAAUUAUUUUCCCACCCCUUCUUUUCAUUUAGUCAUUACUUUAUACAAUAGUUUGUGAUGAUUUCUGGCCAUAAUUGAGACGCAUACUUGUUUUGCUAAAUCCAUUGUAAAGCAGUGAGCGUCUUCUGUCUCCAGUACAGCAGGAGGCGCUGCAGCUCUUUAGUCCGCAAAUAAACUCACUAAAGAAAGAAAGAAAGAGCGCGCGUGUGAUGUGUUUGUGUAUCCUCAGUGUUUUUCUCUCUUGCGUGUUUCAUUGAGUGUAAACAGAGUCUUGUUUCUGGAUAUAUUGAUGAUUUCAUUACAGAAAUCUCUCAGGUGAAGAAAGAGGUGGCGUUACUGGAGACAAAGCUGAGGUCAAGAGGAGAUUUAGCAAUGAAACAAGAGGAUGUGGAUUGUUGUGAAUCUUCAGUGUAUGUGACUGAUGAUGGGAGUCUGGAUUCAGUGUGGAUGAGCAGAGAUCAGAGCCGCACACCACAGACACUGCUGGACUCUAAACUCUCUGAAGAGAAAUCCAGACACACACAGGACUCCGAUCUCAGUCUGACUUUACUCUGUUAUACUGAGUCAAAGCUCACAGACACUCAGGACACUACAGUGUGUGACAGUAAACAGAGCUUACAGGAGGAUCAAACCUCCACAGAGUCUCUGGAUUCUGUCUGUAACGCUGGAGAACAGCAGCAGAUCCUGCAGACCAAACUGAAGAUGUGUUCAGUUAAAUUCAUCGACUGCACAAACCUCAUGAUGAAGAUCAAAACUGAAUCCACAGAAAUCAAAACCGAACCCACAGAAAUCAAAACUGAACCCACAGAAAUCAAAACUGAACCCACAGAAAUCAAAACUGAACCCACAGAAAUCAAAACUGAAUCCACAGAAACCAAAACUGAACACACAGAAGAGGAAGAGCGCACUGAGGAAGAUGAUGAUUUAAUUACAUCAGGUGUGAAGAGUGAUUCAUGUUUGGAUAUAGAAAUAACGUCCUCAACAUCAAAAGAGCGACUGACAGCACAAACUCUUUCCUGCAUCACCUGUGGAAAGACAUUCAGCUCACAGAGACAUUUAGAGAGACAUGAGAGAAAACACACAGAACAGAAACUCUUCACCAGAUCUGAGAUCAGCUUUACUACCUUACAAGAGAAGAAACUUCAUUCAGAAGACCACAGAGAGAAGAAGAAGUUUCACUGUGAGCAGUGUGGGAGGAUUUGUGCCUCUUCCUAUAAACUAAAUAUUCACAUGAGGACACACAGUGAUGAAAAGCCUUUCAACUGCACUGAAUGUGGAAAAUACUUCAAAACCAAACAAAAUCUUAAAAUUCAUCAGAGACUUCAUACAGGAGAAAAACCUUUCAAAUGCUCUCAGUGUGACAAGACGUUUUCUUCUUCAGGUCACUUCAAAGUCCAUCAGAGAGUUCAUACUGUAGAGAAACCUUUUUACUGUAUUGUCUGUGAGAAGAGUUUUAAUCAACAGGUUAACUUAAUAAGUCACAUAAGAAUUCAUACAGGUGAAAAACCUUACAAAUGCUCUCAGUGUGACAUGACGUUUGCUCAGUCAGGUCACUUAAAAACCCAUCAGAGACUUCAUACUGGAGAGAAACCUUACCACUGUAGUGUCUGUGAGAAGAGUUUUAGGCAACGGACUAAUUUACUUAUUCACCAGAGACUUCAUACAGGUGAAAAACCUUUCAAAUGCUCUCAGUGUGACAAGACGUUUGCUCUGUCAGGUUCCUUAAAAUCCCAUCAAAGAGUUCAUACAGGAAAGAAACCUUAACACUGUAAUGUUUGUGGGAAGAGUUAAAAGGAUAGUUUGGCCAAAAAUUAUAUUAAACCCAUGAUUUACUCACCCCCAAGCUGUUCGAGUUGCAUAUGUCCAUCGGUUUUCAGACAAACACAUUUUCGGAUAUUUAAGAAAAUAUUUUAGAUCUUUCAGUUGAUUAAAUGUAAUGUUACGGGGUCCACGACCUUCAAGUCCAAAGAAAGUGUGUUCAUCCUUCACAAAUUAAAU